AUGUGGGCUGCCCCCAGCCAUGGGCUGCCCCUCUCCACACUCCUCCUCUGCGUCCUCCUGCAGCAGCCAGGCAGCAGCAAGGCAUGGAAGCAGCACGCCCCGCGCCUCCGCCUCGCCUACAAAGACCUGCUGAAAUCCAACAGCUCUCGCCUGCUGCUGGCCUCAGGGGAUGGAAUGGAUUUCCAGUCUCUCUUGGUGGAUGAAGACAGAGCCUGGCUGAUGGUGGGAGCAAAAAACCACAUCUUCCUGCUCCACCUGGACCACCCCAGCAGAGAGCCUGAGAAGAUUUUCUGGCCAGCCCCCAGGGAGCAAGUCGAGCACUGCCAGCUGGCAGGGAAGAACGUGGAGACGGAGUGUGCCAACUUCAUCCGCCUCCUCCAGCCCUUCAACCGGAGCCACGUGUUCGCCUGUGGCACCGGCUCCUACCAGCCCGUCUGUGCCUUCAUCCAGCUGGGAGCCAGGGGGAAGGGUCCCGGGGCUCCCCCCAUGCGGCUGGUGACCCACUCCUUGGAAUCGGGGCGAGGACGGUGCCCGUACAGCCCCCGUGAGCCCUUCACGGGACUCCUCGUCGAUGGGGAGCUGUAUUCGGGCACCUCCAGUGACUUCAUGGGCAGCAGUGCUGCCUUCUUCCGGACCUGGGUCCACGGGGCAGAGCAGAGCUACAUCCGCACGGAGCAGAACCAGGACCACUGGCUACACGAGCCAGCGUUCAUUGGUGCCUACGACAUCCCCGACACCUACAACCCUCACGAUGACAAGGUCUACAUCUUCUUCCGUGAGACAGCCAUGGAAGCUGGGCAGUGGGAGCGGCGGCACAUCCAUGCCAGGGUGGCCAGGGUCUGCAAGAAUGAUGUUGGAGGGAAGCGCAGCCUCAUCAACCGCUGGAGCACGUUCCUGAAGGCCCGCCUGGUGUGCUCCAUCCCUGGGCCCCAGGGCACCGAGACCCACUUCGACCAGCUCGAGGAUGUUUUUCUCUUGCGCACCAGGGACCCCCAGAACCCCCUUGUCUUCGGCCUCUUCACGGUCUCCAGCGGCGUGUUCAGCGGCUCUGCCGUCUGCGUUUACUCCAUGGCUGCCGUGAGAGCUGCCUUCAGCGGCCCCUUUGCACACAAGGAGGGAUUCGACUACCGCUGGGUAGAAUACAAGGGCCGCGUCCCCUAUCCCCGCCCUGGCACGUGCCCCAGCGAGACGUACGACCCCCUCCUGCAGUCCACCAAGGACUUCCCCGACGAGGUGAUCAGCUUCAUGCGCAGCCACCAGCUGAUGUGGGAGCCCGUGUCCCCGCAGGGCCGCCAGCCGUGCUUGGUGAGGGUCAAUGUGCCGUACCGGCUUGCGGCGGCUGCUGGAUGCCACGGCUUAGAGAUGGAAGACCGGCACUACGACGUGCUCUUCUCGGCACAGGUGGGAGCUCACACCGAUGAAGGCAAAGUGCUGAAGGUGGGGCUGGCCGGCGGGGUAAGCCGUGGCACCGAGGUGAUCAGCCUGGAGGAGAUCAGCGUCACUAAGGUGCCUUCUCCCAUCCUGGACAUGAAGUUAUCACCGAAACGGCAGGAGCUGUUUGUGAGCAGCACCCAUGGGCUGGUCCAGCUCUCCCUGUACCGCUGUGAGCUCUAUGGCAAAACCUGCACCGACUGCUGCCUGGCCAGGGAUCCCUACUGCACCUGGGAUGGCAAGACCUGUGCCCCACACCUGCUCACUGAGAAGAGGCGUGCCCGCUGCCAGGACAUGCUGAAGUCUGACCCCCUCAGCCAGUGCCAGGGCACAGCAGAGGGGACUGCUGCUGUGGAGAAGCUGGUUUUCGGGGUGGAGAAGAACUCAACCUUCCUCGAGUGCCUGGCGCGCUCCCCGCAGACGACGCUCCGGUGGCUGGUGCGGCACGGCGAGGAGACGGCCCUGAGCGAGGUCAGGAACAAUGGACGUUUCUUGGUGCUGGAGCAAGGGCUGCUGAUCCGCCAGCUGGCGAGGGAGGACGUGGGCACCUACGAGUGCCAGGCGGUGGAGCGCUCCUUCUCGCGGCCCCUCAGCCGGUACAGCCUCCGCGUCAUCGGACACGAGGCCAUGGAGCUGCCGCCCUACAAACGGAGCAAGGGGGCUGAGCUCGGAGGGACCCACCAGAGCCCCCGGCCCCGCACUGACCUGCAGCCGGGCUACAAGGGCUUCCCGCGGGCCCUGGGCGCCCCGGGCACCAGCCUGGACGCCUAUUGCAACGCCCUGCGGCACCAGGAGAGGCAGCGGCAGAGAGCCUGGCACCAGAAGUACCCAUCCCCGGACAGCAAGAACGGCCGGGUGCGGAGGCACCCCCAGCGCCUGUGAGGGAGCCAGGGCUGCCCACAG